AUGUCAUCAAUUCAACAAUCAAAUUUUCAAUCUGCUAUUAUUUGGCCACAAGAAUUGGAUGUUACUCGUGCUUGGCUUAUCGAAGAUUUACCAGGAGGAAGAGUUCGUAUUUUAACUCAAGAAUCACAAAAUGGAAAACCUGCAAGAAAGUUGGCUUCAACUGUACCUAACCCAAUGAUUAAUGGACAUCAGGAAUGGAUAACUGGUUUAAUUAAUUCCUGUAAAAAAAAUAAAUUACCAUCAGAAUAA